AUGUCCGCCCUCCUCGCCAACAAACCCCUUCUCGGCCCACUCGUCGGCCUAAACAUCUGGACCUUUGCCAUGGAAGCGCUCCUCUACAAGCGCAGAAUCCCAGCCCUUUCCCAAUACGACAUCAGCUUCGACCCGGCAACCGUCAAGAAGCAAAAAGACGAAAAGCUACCGGCCUUCGUCAAGUGGCCUGCGGACAACUUCAACAACUUACUCGAACAACCCACUCAGUUCUACGCCGUAUUGCUGGGAUUGAGCCUUUUGGAUGUAAAGGAGAAGAGGACCGUUGCUUUGGCGUGGGCUUAUGUCGGCUUGAGAUUCGUACACAGCAUUAUUCAUGUUUCGACGAAUAACGUUUCCCUGCGCUUUCCGGUCUUUGCUGCGAGUUCGGUUGCGCUUCUGGGACUCACGGCCGAGGCGGCAUGGAAGCUGAUCUUCUAG